GCGGUUGUAAUUCUUGGAGGUGGAGUUAUUGGUUCUUCAAUCGCAUACCACAUAACAUUACUUAACAAAGAUCCAAAUUUGAAAGUUACUGUCGUUGAACAGACUGCAAUUGGUUGCGCUGCCUCGGGCCCUUUACAAGAUCUUGCACGUAAAAGCUUUCAAACUACACCGGUAUGA